AUGAUCUCGGACCUGCAAGAAAUGAUAGUCACAUGGACGCCACGCCAGGCGGGAUAUGUAGAAACCAUGUCACAUCAAAUCCUCUUGGGGCUCGAUUUCCUCCAUAGAUCUGAUAUUGCCCAUUGCGACCUACAACCAGGAAACAUGCUGGUAGCAGUUACUGACUCGAUAAAUGACACCGAAGCUUUUCUGGAGCCACCACAAUUCAGCCCAGUCAGAUGGCUUGAAGGAGUGACGAAGGAUGGCAGUGCCCCAGAAUACUUGAUGCCUUCACAGAGACGAUACAACCAACUGAAGGAAGUCCAGCACUUCAGCCUUGUGGUCAAAAUUGGGGAUUUGGGUGGCGCUCAAUUCCGUACACAGUGCAACGAGCGGCCUGUAACACCACUGUCACUACGCGCGCCUGAAACCAUAAAUGGGAGUCCUUGGGACUGGACCAUUGAUAUCUGGGCAUUGGGGUGCUUGAUAUUUGAAAUAGCAACCAACGAGCCACUCUUUCCACUUUGUACCUUUGGUAUACGACGAGAGGAGGUCAAUAAAGAACAUCUGGAACUUAUUGAAGAGAGACUGAGUGAUUCUACUGGACAAGCUGGAUUUGCUGCAUAUCUCGCCGAGCGGCUGCCGGAUAAUUUCGGGGCUGAGAAUGUACAGCACAUGGCUAAGUUUCUCUUACUGAUGCUGCGGGUAAAUCGUGAAGAACGGUGGUGCACGAAAGACUUGCUGCAAGAUGCAUUUGCUGUGAAUGAGCACUAA